AUGAGAUACUUGUCAAAAGAGAUUGAGAAAUUGUCAAACCUUCAAGAGUUUAUAGUUUUUGAAAAUCGCUUGACUGGUACAAUACCUCCUUCAAUUGGCAAUAUAUCGACUUUGGAGAAUUUUGUUGUUAAGGAUAACAAUUUGGAUGGUAAUAUUCCUCCUGAGAUAGGAAAACUAUCAAGUCUCAAAGGAUUGUCACUUAAAUCAAAUAAUUUUAGUGGCAAAGUACCAUCCACCAUUUUCAACAUCUCUACAUUACAAAAGUUUGACCUGGGAUCUAAUAACCUUUUUGGCAAUCUUCAACCAGGCCUAAGACAUAGGAUAUCCCCAAGUCUUGAAGAACUUAUUCUCAGCCAAAACCAAUUCACUGGAACCAUUCCUAGUUGUAUAUCAAAUGCCUCACAACUCAUAAAGCUUGAUCUUGGGACAAACAUGUUUAGCGGCCAUGUACCUUCGGAGAUAGAAAACUUACAACAACUUGAAUACUUUAACAUACAAUACAACCAAAUCACAAAUGAGCCAUCGGCUAAUGAGCUAAGCUUACUCACUUCAUUGUCGAAAUGCAAGAAUUUGAAAAUGGUUGGUUUGAGUGGCAAUCCAUUCAACACAGUUCUACCCAACUUGUUAGGUAUAGGCAAUAAUAAAUCUUUGUCUUUGGAAUGGUUAGAUGCUAGUGGCUGUCACUUGAAAGGCAGAAUUCCAAGUGGAAUCAGUAACUUUAUCAACUUGAUUGCUUUGGGUUUGAACGACAACAAGCUCUCAGGUUCAUUUCCUGAAACAUUGGGAAGACGUUUGUUGAGGUUACAAGAUUCCAACUUUUUUACAUCUAGUAUACCACUUGGCUUCUGGAAUAACAAGGAUAUCUUAGAGAUGGGCUUGUCCUCCAAUUUACUCAGUGGUGCCUUGUCUUCUGAAAUUGGAAGUAUGCACAGCAUGGUAUACCUCAAUCUGUCAGACUUCAUGGAUCUAUUCCCCAGUCAUUUGAUAGUCUCGUAA